AAGGCAGCCUGAGAGCCGGUCUAGCCUGGUAGACUUUUCCCUCAGGGAGUAGAGGCUGCCCCUUUGAUAGGGGAUUUGUGGUUAGGGAGUGGGCCCUUGGGGGCCUUGAGCUAUCACGGAGACUCCAGAAAGCCAUGCAGAGCCUCAGGCCAUGAAGGACUACUCAGAUGUUAUUCUCUGCGUGGAGGCAACGGAGUUGAGCAAGACUGAGUUCUGCAAUCCUGCUUUUGAGCCUGAAUCAGGGCCACCGUGUCCCCCACCAGCCCUCCAGGAGGAUGCCAACAGCAGCACCCGAACUCCCUGGCACGGUCGGCACCCCCGAGGGCUACAGCCAGACUGCCAUUUCUCCUGGCUCUGUGUCCUCCUGCUGGCCAGUCUGCUGCUCCUGCUGCUUGGGCUGUUGGUGGCCAUCAUCCUGGCCCAAUUGCAGGCUGCACCCCCACCCGGGGCCACCUCUAUCCCACUGCCUGCCCAAGGCUUCGCCACCACCACCACCACCACCUCUCUGGCUCCUGGGACACCUAAAGGGCAGCAGGAGUCAGGCAUGAGCCCCAUACCCCAGUCCACCUGUGGGGGUCUCCUUCCUGGUCCAAGGGGCUUCUUCAGCAGCCCAAACUACCCAGACCCUUACCCACCCAAUGCACACUGCGUGUGGCAUAUCCAGGUGGCCACAGACCAUGCAAUACAGCUCAAGAUUGAAGCCCUCAGCAUGGAGAGCGUGGCCUCCUGUCUUUUUGAUCGCUUGGAAAUCUCUCCUGAGCCUGAGGGCUCCCUCCUCAGGGUGUGUGGAAGGGUGCCUCCCCCCACGCUCAACACCAAUGCCAGCCGCCUCCAGGUGGCCUUCGUCUCUGACAGCAGUGUAGAAGGAUUUGGUUUCCAUGCCUGGUACCAGGCUGUGGCCCCUGGGCAUGGCAGCUGUGCCCAUGAUGAGUUCGCCUGUGACCAGCUCGUCUGCCUGUUACCUGACUCAGUGUGCGACGGCUUUGCCAACUGUGCUGAUGGCAGUGACGAGACCAACUGCAGUGCCAAGUUCUCGGGCUGUGGGGGAAACCUGACUGGCCUCCAGGGCGCUUUCUCUACUCCCAACUACCUACAGCGAGUCCCUCACCAACAGCUUUGCACCUGGCAUAUCUUGGUGCCUGCCGGACACGGUGUAGAACUGCAGUUCCAAAACUUCAGCUUGGAAGCCCAGGACGAGUGCAAGUUUGACUACGUGGAGGUGUAUGAGACCAGAAGCUCAGGGGCCUUCAGCCUCCUGGGCAGGUUCUGUGGAACAGAGCCACCCCCCGACCUCAUCUCCUCACACCACGAGCUGGUUGUGCUCUUUAGGACAGACCAUGGCAUCAGCAGUGGGGGCUUCUCAGCCACCUACCAGGCCUUCAAUGCCACAGAGAACCCCUGUGGGCCCAGACAGUUCUCCUGCCAGGAUGGAGGGUGUAAGGGUCUGCAGUGGAUGUGUGACAUGUGGAGAGACUGCGCAGGCGGCGGCGAUGACAACUGCAGCAGACCCUCGUCCCCACCCCCAGAGCUGGCCUGUGAGCCUGUCCAGGUGGAGAUGUGCAUCGGUCUGAGCUACAACACCACGGCCUUCCCUAACAUCUGGGUGGGCAUGGCCACCCAGGAGGAGGUGGUAGAGGUCCUCAAAGGUUACAAGAGCCUGACCAGUCUACCCUGCUACCAGAAUUUCCGAAGGCUCCUUUGUGGGCUGCUUGUGCCCCGCUGCACCCCACUAGGCAGUGUCCUUCCCCCUUGCCGCUCUGUCUGCCAGGAGGCAGAGCGCCAGUGCCAGUCUGGCCUGGCACUCCUGGGCACCCCAUGGCCCUUCAACUGCAACAGGCUGCCUGAGGCAGCUGGCCUGGAAGCCUGUGCCCAGCCCUGACCCCAAAGCCAGCCCCUGCCUUCUGCCUGCCCAUCCUUUGCCCAUCAGGGCCGGCAGGCAGCAGGGAAAAAGGAGGGAGGGCCAGCGUGGGAGUGGGACGCUUCCCUUCUCUCUGGGGCCUCCCAGGGAGAGGGAGUCGUCCUCACUCAGCUGGGCUAAUGGGACACUCCCACCACCGUCCUUGCUCCUUCCCUGUCCCCUUACUUGCCCCAGCUGCCCCAGGAAGCUGACCCCGCUCCAUGAGGAGCCGUUGGACAACCUAGAUUGCUUCCCAUCCAAGUCUCUGACCCAGAUUUUCUAUCUUCUGCCUUCCCCUUUCCAUCUGCUUUUUCGGGUUCUCUGUCGCCUACCUUCUGACAGUUUCAUUUAUUCCGUGAAAAUGUAUCGAGUGCCUACUGAUAUGGCAGGCCCGGUUCUAAGCCCUGGGGAUCCGGUUGGCUCUCUGCCCCUAGAAUCUUCCACCCUCGGUUCUCUGCUCGGACUCCUUCCUGAACUAGAGCCGUCCUCGCUGUCUGCCACUGCAUCACCUCUGCCUCCGGCUCUUGGGAACAGGAGGUGCCCUGCGUGUCCGUCUCACGGCCCUGCCUCUCCGUGCCCGGCUCGAGCCUCUCUCCCCCUCCUUCCUCCC